CUGUACUUUCAGGUUUCCCAGCACAAACAUCAAGAUAACAUUCACAGCUCUGUCCAAUGAAAAGAGAGAAAAACAGGAGGCCCCCGAGUCCCCAGUGAAGCCUGUGCAACCCCAGAUCUCUCCCUUAACAAUAAACAUUCCAGACAACAUGGCUCACCUGAUCAGCCCUCUCCCUUCUCCCACAGGAACUAUCAGUGCUGCAAAUUCCUGCCCAUCGAGCCCCCGCGGCGCAGGCUCUUCAGGGUACAAAAUGAGUCGUGGAAUAGCAUCUGACCUACAUUUGAUGGCUGACAAUUCACAGUCAGAAAACGACAAGGAAGCUUCGGGGGGAGACAGCCCAAAGGAUGACUCUAAGCCACCCUACUCCUAUGCACAGUUAAUAGUCCAAGCAAUUACAAUGGCCCCGGAUAAGCAGCUUACACUAAAUGGAAUUUAUACGCACAUAACUAAAAAUUAUCCCUACUACAGGACAGCAGACAAGGGCUGGCAGAAUUCAAUACGUCACAAUCUCUCUCUGAAUCGUUAUUUCAUCAAAGUACCACGUUCCCAGGAAGAACCAGGCAAAGGCUCAUUCUGGAGGAUAGACCCUGCCUCUGAAAGCAAAUUAAUAGAGCAGGCUUUUAGGAAAAGGCGGCCUAGGGGAGUACCUUGCUUUAGAACCCCUCUGGGACCACUCUCUUCUAGAAGUGCCCCAGCUUCUCCUAAUCACUCUGGAGUGUUGUCUGCACACUCCAGUGGCGUCCAGACCCCCGAGAGCCUGUCCAGGGAAGGGUCUCCUGUCCCGAUGGAACCUGAGCCCAGCGCCAUCCAGCCAAAACUCGCCGUCAUACAAGAAGCGCGAUUUGCACAGAGUGCCCCAGGAUCACCUCUCUCUAGCCAGCCAGUUUUAAUUACUGUACAACGGCAGCUACCACAAGCUAUCAAACCCGUCACUUACACUGUUGCAACUCCCGUGACAACAUCGACCUCCCAGCAGCCUGUAGUUCAGACAGUUCAUGUUGUGCACCAGAUCCCAGCUGUGUCAGUCACCAACGUGACUGGAUUAGCACCAGCAAACACUUACACUGUCGCAGGACAGGCGGUCGUCACACAAGCUGCUAUGGUCACCCAGCCCAAGGUAGAACCUCAAGAGAAUGGAGACCACAAGGAAGUCAAAGUGAAAGUGGAGCCUCUCCCUGCUAUUAGCCAUGCUGCAAUAGGAGCUGCUGGCCGCAUCAUCCAGACGUCGCAGCCCACCCCCUUACAGACAGUUACCAUAGUGCAGCAGGCGCCGCUGGGCCAGCACCAGCUGCCCAUCAAAGCUGUCACACAGAACGGAACGCACAUCGUGCCCCUGAGCGCCGCCGUGGCGGGGCAGGGCAGCGCGGCUGCUGCAAGUCCUUUGCAUAUGUUAGCAACCCACGCGUCCGCAUCGGCAUCGCUUCCCACCAAGCGCCAGAACGGAGACCAGUCGGAACAGCAGGAACUCAAACGUAUCAAAACAGAGGAUGGAGAGAGCAUAGUCAUAGCUGUGAACGUGGACACCCCACCCGUGGCAGUGAGUGACAAAGGCAGCCAGAACUAGAAACUUUAGGGGAGUUUUCUUUUUUUUCUUUUUUUUUUAAAAAAAAAAAACAAAAAACACAAAAAACCAACAAAAACAAACUCCGUGGUGCCAAAAGGAGACACUUAAAUCUAACACCUAAAAUGUUGGAACAUGUUCUCACGCAGUGGGGAAAGGGGCCCUGUGAUCAGACUUCAACUUUCAGCACUGAAACAAAACCCAACACAGGUGGCCUUAAAACUUGGUAAUUUAAAGUCAAACUGCAGAACCAUGUUGUUGUAGAGGCUGUGCCCCCCGCCCCUCCUGCCCCACGGACUGUGUGUGCUGGGAGGGCUGCAGCUUUAACAGGAUCUGUCAGAUUAUUCCCAGGACUGAGGAUCUCAGUGUAACGGCAGCAUGAUAGCGCUUAGUGUGACUGGUUGCAAAGGAUUGUAUAUUCCUAAAGGGAACAGAGGCAGGAGCCAUUCCGACACCGUGGCAGCUAAGCCUUUCCGAACCACCCACCCAUGCAGUUGUUGAUAGAUAUGCAGUAUUUUGUUGUUCACAUGUGGAAUUAGAAAUUUUUGAGGUGUAUUUUCAUUUCUUUGCAAAACAAUGGGGUCUUUGACAUUUCAAAUCACUCCAUUUCUACUCCGGAAACUUUGGAAUCACACAACUACUUUUCAUGUGAAAUUUUGUUUGGUAAAAAACUGAAUGUAGGGUUUUUUUAACCAACGGAAUGAUUUACUUUUGUCUGUCCUGUUCAAGUUCAGAUAAAGCUACUUUAUUACAUCUGCAAAUUUUCAUAUUUUAGCAGUUGCCUGAUAAAUUUAAUCAAAUUUUAUUACCAUGUGUAGUGAUCAAACGCUUCUUUGGGCUUGCAUGUAACUGAUUAGAAACUCUGAUGUAAAUGAGCCGUUAACUGACGUAAAGAACUGCUAUGGAUUUGACCAGAGCUGCACUUACCUGUUUCUCUCUCUGCUACCUUUUGCUGUUUGUUACUUUGUGUUGACUUUGACUGUCCCUGGCAUAUUUUUCCAGUCUAAAGUAAAACAAGAGUCUCGCUUAAUAUUGUGUAUGUUUAAGAUAACAGACUGUUCUUCAUUUAGAAAGAUAAAAUUCUUUAUCACGAGUCCUUUUAAAAAGAGUAAAAUUAUCUUGUCAGAGGUAUAUUCGAUAUUUUUAAGCUUAAGCACCCUUCAGUAGAAAUGAAUCUGCCCCGUUUCUCUGUAACACUUUGAUGUCAGACACUGACCUCGGGGUCUCCAUGACCAGUAGCUGUUGUGGUUUUCUAACAGUGGCUACCAGAUUAUGGUAAUAAUUUUUUUUUUUUUUUUUUUUAAGUGUGUGUUCUGCAGUUGAACAUUUUAAAAUGUAUCGGUAAUUUCUCACUUUAAUGUGGUAAUAGAUUCCACUUUACAUUUCAAAAUUCAAUUGAAACAAGGCUGCUGUUCAGUCUUCAACUCACACAACGUCUUAGUUCCUCCUGCAGCCAGGUGAGUGGGAGCCAGAGUUGGUUCCAUCGGAAUCUGGUUUUUGUCCUGUUCUGUAAUAAAGAUGCAUUAUUUAUACUUCCUUUCCUGCUACGAAAGGAAAAACUGUAUUUUCACAAUGGACUGAACAGUUUGGAGUGGUUAUUUUAGGCAGCUUUUGGAAACUAUUUACCUUAAGACCAAAUAUGAGAAAUCUGUACAAGUUUUGUGUUCAUCUACACAAUGGAACUGUUACAAUGUCUCUGCAGAUAAUACAUUAAAAAACUAUGAAAAAAAACUCUACACAAGCUGGAUUUAUAACAGGCAUUUAAAAAAAAAAAAAAGCUUAACCUGAAAAGAAGCAUUUCUGUACAAUUGCAACGUUUUCUUUAGAGGUUUUAAAAAUAAAAAAAAAGUAAAGUUUUAACAUACUUUUUUUAAGAAAAAAAAAUCCAGUACUAGUAAUUUAAUUUGGUGUUGAAUGAAUUGACUAGAAUGUGGUUUAUUUUCAGAAGUGAGAAUCUGUUCACAACUAGGGCUAGGUGAAUAAUAGUGUAUAAGAUUUUUUUAAAUAAAAUUAAAUUUUAUUCAGCAAAUUAACUAAGUUGAAAUUACUCAACAAGUGUGUUUGGAAUAUUGAUGUAUAUUUGGGAUUAAUGCAGCUUCUGGGGCUGGACCCUGCCAGUGCUUUGUAGUGUUUGGGGCACAGGAGGGCACAGGAUUGUGUCUGCCUUAGCUGGAUCAUUAUUUCUGUAAGGUUUAGGAGAUGUCACUGUCAUGAAUGUGGUUUUGGUGUCUGAUCCCCUUUUCCUGCAUUGGUUACAGUCUCUGUUUCUCAGCAGCUGGGGAAAUGCUUUCAAGGACCAGGAAAACUUUCCUGGAAGCUGGGUCAGGUUUUCAUGGCAACACUUUGAAGAGUUGGGGAGAAAUCCAACUCCACAAGGCUUGGAUAGAAGUGCUGGGAAGGGCUGUGGUGUUUGGAGCUGAAUGGGCAGAGCCUGUUCCUUGAACAGAAAAUGUGGUCUGAAUGCUCUGAACAAACACAAUCCUUGGGGAAAAGAAGAAAAUAGCUUACCAUGGAAGCAGUGAAGUGGUGUAAUUGUCACUGCCCCAGAGCAGGCAGGGCAGUGUGACCCAGCCCCAGCCCCAUGGCAUUCUGUGUCCAGCCCUUCUGCUCGUGUCUCACAUCUCCAGCUGCACUGAUUAAUCUUGUAUUUUCUCCUUCAUCGUGACUACCUAAAGGUUCUGAAAGCAAUCCUCGUAUUCCACGGUUUCUGCUGGCAGGUACCUGGAAUUACUGUAGAAUUUAGUGCACUGACUCAUUAGUUUUCCUGUCAGGAUUCUGAACUGUGACACAGGUACUGUGGAGAGAAAUGGCAAAAUGGGGAGAGGAGGCGUUGAGUUACUUUCUAAUACAAAAGAAACUGCUAAUCCAUCCCUGUACCUAAAGAGCAGAUGCUGGUGGGAAUACGUUGUGCUCCAGGAACAGUCGUGUUUCACACUUGCUGUGCGAACUCUCUGCUCUCCUGGUGGCUGGGGGUGACCCAGUGGCUGUGUGCUACCACCAGUCCAUCAGUGCCAGGUACAGGGCCCACAGUCCUCAAAGCAUCAUUCCUUUUCCCAAAAAGUGACUGACUGAACACCAUUCCAUUUGAUUGUAGAGCUGUGCAAACGCUGGGUAAGUUCAUCCACGGGAGGCAGUGCCGCAGUGAGCCACAGUGAAGCACUGGCAGAGCAAGCUGGAGCCAGCUGGGAGGAUUCAGUCCCAUGCUGGAUUUGAUCACUGGGAACAGCUGUACCUAAAUCACAUCCAUUUGCAGGUAGCACAAGAAAUCUGAGGUGUAUAGGGCAUUUCCAGGGUCAGUACAGCACUACUGCCUGCACAGGUGUGGUAUUGUCAUUCCUGCUGCCACCCUGGAGCAGAGGUUUAGUAGAAGAGUUUUAAAUCUUCCCCAGAAAUGUGUUUGUAGUCUCUUGUCAGCUCUAGGAUAACUGGGACAGGAGGGCAGGGGGCUGGAACAGCAGCAGCUGAGGCUCAGCAGAGCUGUUGGAGCAGGUGCAGGGGCUGGAUGGGGGAGUUCAGCAGUCCCUGGUACUGGGAUCAGGACCUCCCACUGCACAGUGAGAGGGAUUCCCAUCACCCUUGGGGAGCCACCUCCAGCACAUCCUUCUCCAGGAGAUGACAGUCCCAGUCCUGCUGGUCCAGCUCUUCCAGGCUGAGGAGCCUCAGCCCAGCAGAGGGGGAAUGGUGAGGUAAGUGCUGAACAAGAACUGGUUUUCCCUGGGAAGUUGGACUUGUUUUGGGACAGACAACAAGGUGCGUGUCCCAGGCAGUGGCUCACAUGCUCCUGUCCCCUCUUGACACAGCGAGUUCAGCUCCUGUCCUUCACCAGCCACCACUAUUGACUCACAUGUUUAUUCCCCCAGCCUGGAGCAAUGGAAACCAUGGCUGUGACCAUCAGUGAAUACAGCAAAGUUAGUCACUUUUAUUUAAAAGAAAUAACAUAUUACAAAUAAGUGUGCAAAACAAUUCCUGUGGUUAAAUACGCAUAAAAGCAACAUGCAACCUUGACAUCAACAUGAUAAGUUAGUCCUUAGUAGGUUACAUGACACUAAAAGGGACUUGUCAACGUUAGAGAGUUUGCAGCUGAAGUCACAGAGUGUCAGGGCUGAAGCAUCUGUGAAAUUAGCUUUCAGUAGAGCAAGACCUCCCUGCCCCAGUGUUUAGUGCCACAGAUGCCAAACUUGGGGCUAUCUCAGGUUCUGGGUUAGGAGCUUGUGCCUUAGGUCAGCAGUAACAGGAUAACAAUUUUUGGGGAAGAGUGUACAAGUCAGUGGGUUCAGUCUAACCUACCUGUCCCUGGGCCAGCAGCAAUAGUAUGCGACAGCUCAAAGGAAAAAA